UCCACGCAGCCAUGCUCCGACCCGUCACCGCGCUCGCGCUGGCGCUGUACGCGCUGUGCCCCGUCGUGGCUGCAGCCGACGACAAGCCAAUCGUCGACAUGGUUGAAAAGCGCGUCGCAUUGAGAACACACUCGAUCGCAAUGCCCUACGUGGACAGCGACUUACAGAACCGAUGGUGGGACUUUGGAGGAGACACCAUCAUCAACACGAACAAGCACAUCCGCUUGACCCAGGACCGCCAGUCCGAGGCCGGUUGGCUCUGGAGCCGUAUGCCGCUUGCCGUCACCAACUGGCAGGUGGACGUCGAGUUCAAGGUCGACGGCAAGUCGAACGGAAUGUACGGUGACGGUUUCGCUAUCUUUGUGACCAAGGAGCGUGCCACCUCGGGCCCGGUCUUUGGCAGCGGCGACCAGUUUACUGGCCUUGGCCUCUUCUUCGACACCUACGCCAACACGCGUCACUCGUACUCAUUCCCCCGCAUCACGGCCAUGUCGGGUGACGGCCAGACCAAGUACGACCUGGACGGCGACAACGCUGCCCACGAGCUUGCCGGCUGCUCGGAGAACUUCCGUCGUCGUGACGUUGCUACCAAGGCUCGCCUCACUUACGUCCACGGCCGCGGCCUCCAGGUUCAGCUCCACCUCAAGGAGUGGGACAAGUGGGAGACUUGCUUCGAGACCAAGAUCGACCUGCCCGACAACCCGUACCUGGGCUUUUCGGCCAUCACCGGUGCCCUGUCUGACAACCACGACAUUGUGUCGGUGGCGACCUACUCGGCUACCCUCCUCCCCCAGUACCGUGCUGCCUCCGCCGGUGGCAAGCAGCAGCCUCUGGCUGCUCCUAUUGUCGCGAACAAGGGCUCGUCCUGGUCUCGUGAUGGCGGCGCUCCUGGCCGCAAGCCGACCUCGUCGUCGUCGCGCGGAGCCACCGGCUGGUUCCUGUUCAUCCUCAAGGCUAUCGGCCUCCUGGCCUUUGUUGCCUUUGCUGUUGCCGCCUACAGAACGUACUCGGCUCAGCAGCGCUCCAGGCCGGCGUACUACUAAAUCGAGCCGCAGGGGACACUUGCGUCCGACAUGUCAAGGAGCAUUAUGUGGAUCCAGCCAAGCGGCGUAUCAUGCAUUGUUACGAACAGAGGUCGUGGGAUGGGCGUGCUUGCGCCGACGGAGUUCGGGCAAAACAUGUGGUGUUUGUUUCAUCAGGCAAUCAAUCAAGCAAUCAAGCUCCACUUUGCCUCACUUUGGUGGGCGUCCGGUCGGCUCCACUGUACUGGUGCACACGG